GAAGAACUUCCGGGGGUCAGAGGUAAGCGUCGCAGUUUGAAAACAUGGAUCCCAGCAGAGUGGAAGAAGCAUCCGACAAGAUGAGCGAUGAUGCAGAGAUGGCAUCUGUCAUGGGAUUCUCUGGGUUUGGUAAGAAAGCCCGCACAUUUGACCUGGAUGCCAUUUUUGAGACGACCCGACGAACUGCCGUUGAAAGGAGUCAGCGUGUGUUAGAGGAGAGAGAGAAGGAGGACAUGGAGGAGGAAGGGGAGAGCUCCAAGUCGGUCAAGCCACCAGUCAAAGCUGCAGCUGCUGCUUCCAGUAAACAGGAGACUGACAGCAGCAGUGACAGUGGUUCAGACUCUGACUCAGACUCUGACGUAAUUGGGCCGCCAGUGCCUGAUGAGCUUGUAGGACCGCCUCUUCCUCCAGGUUACACGGGCAGCACGGCUCACAGUGAUGAUGAUGAUGAUGAUGAUGAUGAGGAGGCAGAUGAUGAAGACAAUCCAGUGAAGAAAAUUCCAGACACUCAUGAGAUCACUCUGCAGCACGGCACCAGGACAGUAUCGGCUCUUGGCUUGGACCCGUCUGGAGCUCGUUUGGUGACGGGCGGAUAUGAUUAUGAUGUUCGUUUCUGGGAUUUUGCUGGGAUGGACCAGUCUCUGCAGGCCUUCAGGUCCCUGCAGCCCUGUGAGUGCCAUCAGAUCAAUCAUGUGCAGUACAGUGUGACCGGUGAUGUCAUCCUGGUGAUAUCUGGUAACGCGCAGGCCAAGGUGUUGGACCGUGACGGCUUUAAUGUGAUGGAGUGUGUGAAGGGAGACCAGUACAUUGUGGAUAUGGCUAACACCAAGGGCCAUACAGCUAUGCUGAACUGUGGCUGCUGGCAUCCAAAGAUGAAAGAGGAGUUCAUGACCUGCUCCAAUGAUGGCACUGUGCGCACAUGGGACGUGAACUCUGAGAAGAAGCACAAGGCCGUGUUCAAACCGCGCAGCUUCCAGGGGAAGAAGGUCACACCCACAUGUUGCACAUACAGCCGUGAUGGGAAGCUGAUAGCAGCCGGCUGCCAAGAUGGCAGCAUCCAGAUCUGGGACAGAAACCUCAGCGUCCAUACAAAGUUCCACUGUAAGCAAGCACACACUCCAGGAUCAGACCCCUCCUGCCUCGCUUUCUCCUAUGAUGGCGUGACUCUGGCUUCACGUGGGGGUGAUGACACUCUGAAGACGUGGGACAUACGCAACUUCAGGAAGCCAGUGAAUGUAGCUACUGGAUUACCUAACAACUUUACAAUGACCGACUGCUGUUUCAGCCCAGACGACAAGCUUAUUCUAACCGGGACGUCGGUGAAGAAAGACCAGGGCAGCGGGAAGCUGGUCUUCUUUGACCGAGCCUCCUUCCAGAAAGUCUAUGAAAUAGAAGUCACCAAUGCAAGUGCUGUCCGCUGCCUGUGGCAUCCAAAACUGAACCAGAUAAUGGUGGGAACUGCAAAUGGACUGGCCAAGGUCUACUACGAUCCUUUCAAAAGCCACAGAGGGGCGAAGCUUUGUGUGGUGAAGAGCCAGCGGAAAGAGAAGCACACCGAGGUCCUAACACAAGAUUACAUCAUCACGCCUCAUGCGUUACCCAUGUUCAGAGAGGCCCGACAGCGGAGUACACGGAAACAGCUGGAGAAGGACAGACUUGACCCCAAGAAGUCGAACAAGCCCGAGCCUCCAGUGUCGGGACCAGGUCGUGGAGGCAGAGUCGCAGCUCACGGUGGCACGCUGUCGUCGUUCAUCGUGAAGAACAUCGCUUUAGACAAAACGGAUGACAGUGACCCCCGAGCUGCCAUCCUACGUCACGCCAAGGAAGCUUCAGAGAACCCGUACUGGGUCGCCCCGGCCUACACAGAGACCCAGCCCGAGCCUUUGUUUGCAGAGGAAUCAGAGGAGGAUGAGGAAGCUGAGAAGGAGCCACAGUGGAAGAAACGCAAGAUCUGAGAGGUUUCGACUGCACUUCAUUUUGUAUCGGAUAGUUAACAGGGUGAGCUUGUGGUUUGGUUUACUGCACCACGGCCACAAGGUUUCAGGAUCAAUCCUAUAAAAAUGAGUUACUGUCAGAAACUGUGCAUAUGAGCAUCAGUUAAAUGACUAAAUAGUACAGCUCCUGUCCUCCCUCCUGGUAUUUGAAUUUAACUGUGUAUGUUUGCUUCUGUUUUGAGCGUCAGCACAUUAAUGUGCAGGCAUCUGAACUUGGCAAGCGUCAUAUAAUCUUAAACAGGUUUAUUUUCCUUUCAUUUAAAUUCAUCAGUUUUUGGAAGAAAUUGGAUUUUUGUGUCUGUUUUGAUUGUGCAGACUUUAUUUUCUAUCGUUUCUAUUGUCCUCACACGUCUCCAGAGUUGGCUGAUGCCUCUUAAACCAGCUCCAGAUUUUGUGGUCUGGUUCUGUUCAUGAACUAUGUAGAACAGUCUGCCACAUAAGUUUGCAAAAUGCAAAGAAAUACAAAUAAAUCAGCCCGCUUUAGUUCGGAGUAUUUUUUUAAAGGUUUACUGUUUUGUUGAAGUUGAAACGCAGAAGUUCAUCCAGGUAUCUGAUAGUUUGGGUUUUUCUACACACUAUUCCACCUCGAUAUAAGGAAAUAAGUAUUCUCUUGUUUAAUAGUGAUGCAUUUUAUCCAGAGUGAAAUCUGAAAUGGAGUCUAGUUGCUUUCGUGCCUAAGUUUUUAACAUUAAAAGUAGGUGUGGCCACAACUAUA